CUCAACUUCUCUUAUUCAAUUCAGAUUUUUAAACCUAACAUAAUGCCUAACCUUAAAUGAAGACAACAAAAAAAUGUAAUGUUUGUUUUCAUAUAUUGUUUUUACGAUAGCCGAUGUUGACAUUGUGGCUGUAGUAACUAGUGACAAGCCAACUAGUCAGCCAUGUUCUUUUAUAGUUAAAUGAUAAUGGUCAGCCACCUCGGUAGCUUGCUAGCUGAAACAUUGAAGCUCUUUACACUCGUUCAUGUAUAUUAUCCACUGUGUUUUAAACUCACUUCUUCUGUCGUCUAGCUAGUUAUCCCAUUUAAUUUCAUAUUUACAUUGUUGUUAUUAGUCAGAUAGCUGACUGGUUUAGUUCACUAGCCUAGAUAGCUAACUGUUAGCUAACAUCUCUGACCAUGAGUUCACUGAGCUGCUCUCCUCCUGAUGAAGAAGAGGAGGUCUGCUGGACGGAUAAAGAGGGUCUGUGGCUGAAUGUUGUCGUGAAAGAGGAGAAAGAAGAGGAGGAUGUCACAGUAACAAAAGUAGAGGAUGAGGAUGUUGCAGUGAAAGAAGAGAAAGAUGAAGAUCCCGUUUUUGGAGUGAAGGAGGAGGGAGAGAUAACUGUCGUAUUGGAAGAAGAAGAAGAGGAUACUGGACAUCUGAUUAACCCCAGCGAGAGACCAGACUCUCACUCUGGCCGUGGAAAGGGUCCUUCAGGGGAACGAGACCCAGAGGCGCCGAAACCAGCGAGACCACACCGCUGCUCCCAGUGUAAUAAGAGUUUUGAGUGGUUAUGUAAGCUGAAAAAGCAUGAGAAAAUACACACAGGAGAGAAGCCUUUCCAAUGCUCCCAGUGUGGAAAGAGUUUUACCCAGUCAGAGACCCUGAAAAGGCAUGAGAGAAUACACACAGGAGAGAAGCCUUUCCACUGCUCCCAGUGUGGAAAGGGUUUUACACGAUUAGGGAACCUGAAAAAGCAUGAGGGAACACACACAGGAGAGAACCCCUUACAAUGCUCUCAAUGUGGAAAACGUUUUACCAAGCUAGGCAACCUGAAGGAGCAUGAAAGGACACACACAGGGGAGAACUCUUUCCGUUGCUCUCUGUGUGGAAAGGAUUUUACCAAGUUAGGGACCCUAAAAGUACAUAAAAGAAUACACACGGGAGAGAAACCUUUCCAGUGCUCUCAGUGUGGGAAAGGUUUUACACGGUUAGGGCAUCUGAAGGAACAUAAAAGAAUACACACAGGAGAGAAACCUUUCCAAUGCUCCCAGUGUGGAAAGGGUUUUACCUUGUUAGGGAACCUGAAUAUGCAUGAAAAAACACACACGGGAGAAAAGCCUUACCAAUGCUCCCUGUGUGGAAAGAGCUUUACACAGUUAGGGAACCUGAAGGAGCAUGAAAAUACACAUACAGGGGAGACAUCUUACCAUUGCUCUCUGUGCGGAAAGGAUUUUACAAGGUUAGGGAACCUGAAAAGGCAUGAGAGAAUACACGCGCUCUUUCCAACGCGCCCAGUGAGGAGCAGGACUUGGAACCGGUUCAGGAAACAGAACCUAAACCUGGAAAAGAGCAAAACAUUUGAGGAACAGAAACAGAACCGAUAACGGAAGUGAUCUCUACCGUUCAAGAACAGAACCGUUAUUAUUUUUUGAAAAGCUUGGGAACCGGUUAAUGUUAUUUUAAAAUGUAAUGGGGGAAAUCUAACUUUUCAAAGUUCUUAUUCUGUUAAAAUAAAAACCCAAAUAAUGUCUACUCGUAUUUUAUACACCCGUGAGCAAAAGGGUGUAACUGAAAUAGCCAAAUCCAAUCAUUUGAAGUGGUGUCCACAUACAUUUGACCAUGUGGUCUACCUCAUCAAUGUUCCCGGCAGUAUUAUUCCACCAUGUUAGAGAGAGAACACAGGUGCUGAUUGUAAAACACUUUUGAUAAAUGCAAAUGUUUUUUUUCUUAAUAUAAUUCAAAUGUGUAACGCCAUUAAGUGAAUGUUCAUUAUAUACAGCUACAUGAUGUAUUGUUAAACCAUGUAGGAGCAGUAUAAACCUAGUCUGUUCAUUAUAUACAUCUACAUGAUGUAUUGUUACACCAUGUAGGAGCAGUAUAGACCUAGUCUGUUCAUUA